AUGGACUCGGCGAAUGCAGCUUCCACCGACCGACAGCAGCCAGAAAAAACGUUCCUCCCGAAAGCAACGGUAAAUGCCGUUGGUGCUGUGAAUGAGGAGGAUGAUGAGGAGGAGGAGGAGGAGAAGAAUGGUACCGCUGGCGGUGAUGGUGAUGGCGCUAGCUGUAUGAGCGAUGGGGAGGAAGCGGAGGAAUGCGCGGACGGUGAUGUGGAUCUCCCGCUCGGUCGGGUCGGGUCCCCUCCAUCGUUGGUGGUGGUGGCGGCCGACUGUGCUGAGCAUUCCCACUGCGAGCUGGCAGAGCAACCCUCACCAACCGAUGAGCGCGCAGCGGUGCCGAGCACUGCAGAGGAAGAAACGCUACCCGUGCCAACGGUGGAGCAGGUACCGGAGGCGUCCGAGCAGUUGGCAGCAGCAGAGCGGCUGAUGUUUAUAACGGCACUUGCCCCCAGCGGCGUGGAGGCUCCCGCAGCAGAGAUCAACCAAGUGGCAGAGAACCACAACACUUUGGCCACGAUCGUCAGCGAUCACGGAGCGACUACGAUCAACGGUGCGCAACAGCAGCAGCAGCAACAGAUCGUGUACAUACACGGUUCGUCAACGGCCGAGCCUGCAGCAGCGUCGUCAACAACGGCAGUGACAACGGCAUCGCCCUCAGCGCUGGUACACUGUGGCGCACCUCCCCACAGCAACGUCGUGCGAAUACAGAUCAUCCCGGCGGAGUGCGACCAGCAGGCGACUCCACCGUCCCCGCUAGGGCAGGGUCCGCUAGAGGAUUGCAAUAACAACAGCGUACGUGGCGGUGGUGCGAGUGUUAGUGUAGUUGGUACCCAAUCCGGCACCAGGUGCCAGAGUUCGCAGGUUACGGUGGUAUCGCUCGGUGCCAGUGACAGUGCGGAGUGUGCAGCUGGUGAUAACGCCGAACAACCGCCGACUGCAUCGUCCGCGCACGGUGACGCCGUGCUGGUGACGGUUACGAUCGAGGACAGGACACUGCUCAGCAUACCCUCGACGACGCCACCGGACCCGGACAGCCCCGAACCCUGUACGGACGCAGACCACGGUGUGCCGCCGCUAGACCUCGACGAAGGCGAGAUGGUGCAGAAAAAGUUAAUAGUGCCGAAGGCGGUCGAUUCUGCCGACCUCGACAGUUCCCCCUACGUCUACUACAUGGCAGCGAUGGCACGGGACGGGCCGCGCACCGCAUCAUCGUCGUCCGCGUCCGGCGGCAGCAGCGGUCAGUGCUCACCGAGUGACAUGCUCGACAGUGGCACCUGUAGCGAUAUCGAGCUGACGCCGCCACCACUGCCGAAAAAGAUGUCGCAAAUACUGAAAUCGUCGUCCGCGAUAAAGAAGAGCAUGGGCGCGGACGGUAUCCGUCAGCCGGUGUCACCUACACAAACGCCACCGCCCGUGGCAGGGCCGGUGGUCAGCGCCGUGCUGCGACAGUUUUCGCCGGUUGAUAAGGUAACGGAUAGCGUUAUCAAUCAGCAAGGUCACCACCACCACCACCAUCAUCACAUCGAGCUGCAACGGCUGACACAGCAGCAGCACGAGGAAGAACGGAAUAGACAGAACGAACACGGAACACAUCAAACGUCCGUUGAUUUGACGUCCGACAGUUUCGCCGCUCGGCAGCAGCAGCAACAGCAGCAGCAGCAGCCACCAUCCCAGCAAGGGAGCAUCAUUGCGUCCGAUAGUGACGGAUCGGAAUCGUGUCUGAGCUGUGAUUCGCUGAACUUUGAGCACCUGUCGAGUUUGCAGCCGUUGGCGGAGAUUGGCACCGAUUUAGCGCCGGCUACGCCAGCACGGGACAGUCCGACGGAUUCCAGUGCGGUGAACGGUGGCGCGACACAUCAGAUCCGACCGAAACUGCCGGCGUAUCUCGGGGCGAAGCGCGACGGUCCCAGUGUGUGCAUUCUGCCCGACUCGCUGCUGGCCGCCAUUCGUGGAAGUCGCCCGAAGGUGUACUGUACGGACGACGACGAUAACGACUCGGUCGACGGUGAGACGCACCGGAAACCUUUCGCACCGGUCGGUCCCGGCCGGAACGAUGAGCCGGGUACGCUCGACCUGAGCAGCCUCGCGUCUGCCGCGGCCACCGCCACCACCACGACCACCCGGUCCAUCCUGAUGGACAAGAUCAACAGUCUCGAAUGCGGCAACCGGAUGCACCGGGCCACCGAUCAAACGGACCACCAUCACCAACACGACCCAUCAAGCAACUACCUCCAGCACAUGCACCACAUCACCAUCAACGAUCCGGCGGGGGUGACGCGCGCCCAGAGCAGCUGCUCCGCCGGAUCCUUCACGACGGAGAGCGUGCGCAGCAAUCAGUUCGAGAGCGAUCGGUACUACAAGUUUCACAUCAACGAGCGGGGCCGGCCGGACGGUAGUGGCGAACCGGGCAGCAGCUCGCCGGAAACCACACCGUCCGUGGUGGACGACGACGAAAGCUUCGCCGGGCUGAAGGACCUGAGCAACGGCACGUCCACGAUCCGCAGCAACAAGGGCACGGUGCGGGGCGUUAAGAACCGCGUGCGGAACGGCAUUGCCACCUUUCUGCAGAUGCAACAGACCGGCCUCAAGAACUACAAAGACAAGGAAGCCGGCAAGGUGGUCGUCUACAGCACCAGCAUGGGUAUCGUGCGGGAGACGUACACGAAAUGCAUGAACGUGAAGCAAAUCCUGCGCACGCUGCUGGUCAAGUUUGAGGAGAAGGAUAUAUUCAUGAGCAAUGAGUAUCAGCAGGAGAUUAAGGAGCGCAUGCAGGUCGACACGAUCAACAUUCCGCAGGUGUUUGUGGACGGGCAGCACAUCGGGGAUGCGGAGUGUAUCGAAAGGCUUAACGAAAGCGGCGAGCUGCGGAAAAUGCUGAAACCUUACAAGUGUCUGGAAUCGCCGUACAUGUGCAAGGUGUGCGGCGGCUAUCGUCUACUACCGUGCCCGUCCUGUGGCGGUUCGAAGAAAUCGAUCCAUCGGAACCAUUUCACCGCCGAAUUUGUAGCCCUCAAGUGUAUGAACUGUGACGAGGUGGGGCUAGUAAAGUGUCACAACUGCUGAUGCCAGUGGUGGACAGGAAGGAUGAGGAGGCCGGCGGCGGUUGCGCGUUCCCACACCGUUUACCCACAACACCUGUU